GUCAUUUUAGGAAGUAGGUAAGUUUUCUUCUUCAGCGAGUUUACUUGAAAAAGAGUCGUAAAUCUGUAGGAGAAAACAGCUCUCUUUGCUUAUCAAUUCGCUGAAUUAGAAUCUCAAAAAAAAAAAAAGAUGAGCCGAGGAAGUGGAGGCGGCUACGAUCGCCAUAUCACAAUCUUCUCUCCUGAAGGUCGUCUUUUCCUAGUCGAGUAUGCGUUUAAGGCAGUGAAAGCAGCUGGGAUCACAUCCAUUGGUGUUCGAGGAAAAGAUUUUGUCUGUGUUGUUACCCAGAAGAAAGUUCCCGACAAGCUAUUGGAUCAGACUAGUGUCACUCAUCUUUUCCCUAUUACCAAGUUCCUUGGAUUAUUGGCUACUGGCAUGACAGCUGAUGCAAGGACCUUGGUCCAACAAGCAAGGAAUGAAGCAGCUGAGUUUCGGUUCAGAUAUGGAUAUGAGAUGCCUGUGGAUGUAUUGUCCAAAUGGAUUGCAGACAAAUCACAGGUUUAUACUCAACAUGCUUAUAUGAGGCCUCUUGGAGUUGUUGCCAUGGUUUUGGGUAUUGACGAAGAAAAGGGACCCCAACUCUACAAGUGUGAUCCAGCAGGCCAUUUUUAUGGUCACAAGGCAACCAGUGCUGGAUCGAAAGAACAAGAGGCAAUUAAUUUCUUGGAAAAGAAAAUGAAGAAUGACCCUGCUUUUACUUAUGAGGAAACAGUGCAGACUGCUAUUUCGGCUCUGCAAUCUGUUCUUCAAGAGGAUUUCAAGGCUACCGAGAUAGAGGUGGGAGUGGUGAAAGCUGAUGAUCCAGUUUUCCAAGUGUUGUCAACCGAGGAAAUCGAUGAACAUUUGACAGCAAUUAGUGAGCGCGACUAGUAAGCAUGGACCAAAUCGUGCUUUAGUUGAUCAUUAUGUUUGGGAGAGAGUAGAAAAAAGGGUUCGUAGUUUCAAACUUUAUAUUAUCAUCUAAUACUCUGCUUGAAUUAAAGUUCAUGUUAUUUCUGGAAUUU